AUGUCUGCAAACGACUACUAUGCUGGUAGUGGUGGCGGCGGCGGCGGCGGAUCUAGCAAUUACCAACAGUCCUCCUACGGCGACGGUGGAGGGAACUACGGCAACAACAGCUUCUCGCAAAGCGGCUACAGUCAAGGCAACCAACCAUUCUCGCCCCCACCCACGAUCUACACACCGGACUCCAGCACCCAGCACUCGCCCUACCCGAGCGCCGUCCAACCGUCCUACGAUCAGCACAACGCCAGCGCAGGUUACGGCAGCGCCAGCAACUACGGCACUCCCGUCCCAGGAAACUAUGGCAGCCCCUACCCGUCCCAGCAUGACUACGCCCGUCCCCACAUCCCAUAUCAACAACUCUCGUACGACCAAGCCCAGAACCAGGGCUACAACAACGACUACGCCGCCCGCUUCGGCGGCUCCCCGUACCCCAACCAGCCCGGAGCGGACGGCGGUCACAGCCCCCAACCUUCUCACGCCUCACCCUACGGCGAACCCCCAUCCUACAACAACAGCAAUAGCGGCAACUACGUCCAAGGCCCACCACCAGCAGCAGCACCAGCACCAGCACCAGCACCAGCGGUAACAGACCCCUACGCCGGGGCCCCGCCGCCCGGCCAAUACGCCCAGCCAGGCGACCCCUCGAACAAACCCAACGACAAAGGCCUCAUGGGCGCGCUCGCAGGCGGGGCCCUCGGCGGCUACGCAGGCCACCAGGUGCACCACGGCGUUCUUGGCGCGGUCGGUGGCGCUAUUACGGGGAGUUUGGCGGAGGAUGCCAUUUCCGGGGGGAAGAAAAAGAAGGAGAAGAAGGUCAAGAAGAUGUGGGGCCGCCGCCGCAGCAGCAGCAGUUCGUCCAGUUCUUCUUCAAGUAGUGACAGCAGCGAUGACGAGGAAAAGAAAAAGAAAAAGAAGGCUGCUGCUACCGCUGCUGGUGGUGGUGGUGGUGGUAUGGCGCUCCGUGGGAACUUUAGCAGCAGCAGCUCCAACGUGGAGUUGCACGGCACCGAUCUCGUGGCGUGGUGCCAGCCCAUCAGGGGGAGUUCGAGAAGGAGUGUCAUCAACCUCAAUGCCUGUCUGGGGAAUAACGGAGGCAAUUUCUUUUGGGGACGAGGAGGGAAUUUCGCGGCGAGCGCGAGGAAUAUUCGGCUGGUGGAGAGGGGGAGGGUGCUGGAGUGUGAACUUGGAGAUGGGAGGGGUGGGUGGCGCAGGAAUCUGGUGAGGCUGGAUGAGAGGAUCACGAAUCGGGAUGGGAGGUUGGAGUUGUUGGACUGA